AUGGGACAGUUGUCUAACAAACGUCUAGUAUUGGUACUGUUGUCACAGCUAUUGGUUUUGAUAAAUGGCAUCAAAUUUACAACAAUAGGUUUUAACAAUAAACUAUGGAUUAGGGAUCUAUUGGGUGAUCCAUCCUAUCUAUUGGAUACAACAUUCCUAUUUCCAUCGCUGAUGAGUAUCGGAUCUUAUACAAUUAGUAACAAUCAGUCGGCAGCCAACAAUCAACGGGACGUAGAGAGUGGCCAACAGCCGACAAUUGGCGGCAAAUUGUCGGUCAGUGACGACCAGAAAACAAUUGGUGGCCAUUCGCGGCUAAAAUUUUGGAAAAAGAAAAAACCGAUAAAUACUGGCCAAACCAAUGUCGAUCUGGUCAAGGAUGUCAAAAUUACCGAACAUUUAAUGGACGUCCAGGAAGUGUGCGCCCAAUAUCGGACACACAUUGAUACAGGUAUUACCGAUACGGAAGCGGCUUUCCGUUUGCAACGGGACGGACCCAAUGCCUUUACGCCGCCCAAACAGACACCCGGUUGGCUACUCUGGCUCCGGGAGAUGACCGGCGGUUUUGCACUGUUACUAUGGUUUGCAUCGAUAGCCAGUUUUGUGGCCUACGGUCUCGAUCACGACGACCAAAGUAUGUACCUGGGUGUAGUACUAGCCCUAACCGUAUUGUUGACUGGUACAUUUUCCUAUUACCAGGCUGCAUCAAGUAAUAGUGUAUUCAAAUCGUUCAAAAAUAUGACACCCCCGCAAACAACUGUUAUACGGGAUGGUCGGCGCAAACAAAUACCGGCCGAUCAGGUAGUAGUCGGCGAUCUAUUGUAUUGUAGAUCAGGCGACAGAGUACCCGCCGACAUACGUAUAGUCAAAUCGGAAAGUAUGAAAGUGGACAACUCGUCACUUACGGGCGAAUCAGAUCCGCUGGCCAGGAGUCCCGAUGUCGGUCACCAGAAUGCACUGGAGGCUAGAAAUUUGGCAUUUUUUUCCACUAACUGUGUCGACGGUUCCGGCUAUGGUAUAGCUAUAGCUACCGGCGAUCGGACAGUUAUGGGCGAUAUUGCUAGGCUGGUGUCGGGUAUUAAAAACGAAAAGACACCGAUUGCUAAGGAAAUCGACCGGUUUGUCAAAAUUAUUACCGUACUGGCCGUCGGAAGCGGUAUUAUAUUUUUCGGUAUUUCGAUGGCUUUUGGUACCGGGUUUUUCAAUUCGUUUAUCUUUAUGAUCGGUAUUACCGUCGGUAAUGUUCCCGAAGGAUUAUUGCCGGCACUGACCGUUGCCCUAACACUGACAGCCAAACGGAUGGCAUCCAAGAAUUGUUUGGUCAAACAUCUGGAAGCGGUUGAAACAUUGGGGUCGACAUCGACUAUAUGUACGGACAAAACGGGAACAUUGACACAGAAUCGGAUGACUGUCGAGCACUGUUGGCUGGGAACCAGUGAUAUCAUGAAAGUUGAACACAAUAGGGAACAGGUGGCCAAACAGAUGAUGGAAAUACCCAAGAAUUGGUCGGCCUAUAGCCGAUGCGCUAUAUUGUGUUCGCGGUCCGAGUUUAUGGCCGAUGACCUGAAUCCGGAUAUUAUGAAAAGGAGUUGUUCGGGUGAUGCCUCCGAAACGGCUAUCUUAAGGUUUAUGGAGUCAGUCGAGGGUCCAGUUAUGGACUAUAGGGCCCGGUAUCCGAAACAAGCAGAGAAGCCGUUUAGUUCGACCUAUAAAUACCAGUAUUCAAUACACCGGCGCCCACCUAAUGAGGACAUGGCAUCCGCCGAGGCGCCAUAUUUUCUGGUAAUGAAAGGUGCGCCCGAAAGGAUCAUCAAACUGUGCUCUCAGGUAAUACGUCCCAGUGAUGGCCAAACCGUUCAAAUGGACUCGGAUUUUAUGGACGAGUUUGAAGAAACAUAUCGUGAUUUGGGUUCAAUGGGCGAACGGGUGUUGGCUCUAUGCGAUUAUGAGUUCCCCAGUCGACAGUUUCCGGCCGGGUAUAAGUGGAAUGUUGAGGAAGGCGAGCCGUUUGAGAUGGCCAAUUUUAGGUUUCUGGGACUGAUAGCCAUGAUUGAUCCGCCCAGACCUACCGUUCCCGAUGCCGUACUAAAGUGUCGCAGUGCCGGCAUCAAAGUCAUAAUGGUAACUGGGGAUCAUCCGAUUACCGCCCAGGCCAUUGCCAAAUCGGUAAACAUUAUGUCCAAUUCGCAUCGUAACUCAACCAGUAUAUCGGUACCGACUAUCGACAAAAUUGUAAGCAAAAAUAACCGAUCGAUUGUAGUACCCGGCGAUGAUCUGACUGAACUCACUGAUCCAGAGCUCAGGGAGAUUUUGGAUGGGUUUUCGGAGAUAGUAUUUGCCCGGACAUCACCCCAACAGAAGCUCCGGAUUGUCGAAAAUUGUCAAUAUUUAGGACAAAUAGUUGCCGUCACUGGCGAUGGUGUCAACGAUUCGCCGGCACUGAAAAAAGCCGAUAUCGGUAUAGCUAUGGGUAUUACAGGCUCUGAAGUGUCCAAACAGGCGGCAGAUAUGAUACUAUUGGACGACAAUUUUGCCACAAUAGUAGUGGGCGUUGAGGAAGGGAGGCGUAUAUUUGAUAAUAUGAAAAAAACUGUGUCCUAUAUUAUCGGCGGCAACGCUACGACACUGUUUCCGUUUAUCAUUUACGUUGUGUUUGGCUUUCCGCUGGCCAUCGGCACCAUUACCGUACUAUUGAUUUGUUUGGGUACCGAUAUGGUACCGGCCAUUGCAAUAGCCUACGAAAAAGCCGAGUCGGAUAUCAUGAAUAUGCCGCCCCGUAAUCCUAAACGCGAUCGACUGGUCACUGCUAAGCUACUGAUGCGCGCCUACCUAAUGGUCGGUGCCAUAUGUACUGCUUGCGGUUUUUUGGGUUAUUUCAUUAGUCUAGACUACGAGGGCUUUACGCCCAGUAUGUUGUUUAUGUUGAGAGAUAAAUGGGACGAUAAGGAUAUAAAACUUUGGAGAUACGGUCCCAAUGAUGAUCGCAACGGUAAACCAUUAACCGAAACGACUUAUGAUCAAAGACAACAACUGACAGCUAUAGCUCAGAGCAGCUAUUUUAUGGCUGUAGUGGUUGUCCAAUGGAUGGACGUUAUAGUUAACAAAACUAGACGACUGUCCCUAUUUAGUCAGGGCAUGGGCAAUUGGGUGCUCAACGGUAGUAUAGUUUUUGAGACGGCACUGGCCGUACUGUUUGCCUAUACACCCGGCCUCCAUACAGUACUGCAUAUGGCACCGGUUAUCGGCCAGGUAUGGGUGUUUGCGCUGCCAUUUUUUAUCUACCUGUUCCUGUUUGAAGAGCUCAGGAAAUUAAUUAUUAGACUAUUUCCGCAAUCAUUUUUGGGACAGGAAUUGUUGGCUUAG